GGGAGGUGCCGGGGCCGUUUAAGCGGCCUCCCUCCCGCCCCCAGCCGCCGGGUCUGGCCCCGGCCCUGUCCCGACCCCCGGCGUGGCCCACUCCGGCCCUCCCGGGUAGAGCAGCUCUGCCGGGCUCGCAGGCGGCCGCCGGAGCAGCCCAAGCCCAUGAGGGCCGCGCGCCCCGCCACCGGCGCUGACGAGACGGAGCUCCGGGGCCGCGCGGAGGAGCGGAGGAUCAAUGCGGUUCCAGAGUCGAUUCCAGCGUUUCAUGAACCACCGGGCCCCAGCUAAUGGCCGCUACAAACCAACUUGUUAUGAACAUGCUGCUAACUGUUACACACAUGCAUUCCUCAUUGUUCCGGCCAUUGUGGGCAGCGCUCUCCUCCAUCGGCUGUCUGAUGACUGCUGGGAAAAGAUAACAGCUUGGAUUUAUGGAAUGGGUCUCUGUGCCCUCUUCAUCGUUUCCACAGUGUUUCACAUUGUGUCAUGGAAAAAGAGCCACUUAAGGACAGUGGAACAUUGUUUUCACAUGUGUGAUAGAAUGGUUAUCUAUUUUUUCAUUGCUGCUUCUUACGCUCCAUGGUUAAAUCUCCGAGAACUUGGACCACUGGCAGCUCAUAUGCGUUGGUUUAUCUGGCUCAUGGCGGCUGGAGGAACGAUUUAUGUAUUUCUCUACCAUGAAAAGUAUAAAGUGGUUGAGCUCUUUUUCUAUCUCACAAUGGGGUUUUCUCCAGCCUUGGUGGUGACGUCAAUGAACAACACCGACGGUCUUCACGAACUUGCCUGUGGGGGCCUAAUUUACUGCUUGGGAGUUGUGUUCUUCAAGAGCGACGGCAUCAUUCCAUUUGCCCACGCCAUCUGGCACCUGUUCGUGGCCACGGCAGCUGCAGUGCACUACUACGCCAUUUGGAAAUACCUGUACCGAAGUCCCGCAGACUUCAUGCGCCAUCUGUGACCAGUCCGUGCUAGGUCUCCAGGCCAGUAUCAUCUCAGCUGUGGCACUUAGGAGUGGGGCAAGAGGUGAAGAUUGCACAGGGGAAAAAAAUGAAGCAACUGCACUGACUUUCUUUAUGUCUUUUGAAUAGAAUUACUGUGAAAGUAUAAAAGCUUGUUCUGGGAUUGCCCACCCCCACCCCUCCCAGCUAACAAAUAAGUAGAGAAUCAAUUAUUCAUUCCAUCCCACAUCCCACUGUUAUGAAGGACUCUGGAUAGAUUUGGCCAGCUGAUGUUUACAAACCAGAAUUUUGUAUUUUAAUUUUACAGAUUUUACUACAUGAUUUUUCUAAAUUUCUAGGUGAGGUUGUAAAAGUCAGUGCAAUAAGAAAAUUUCCUUUUUAAGAGGAAAAAUUGUUUUUAUCACUUUCCCAUUCACUGUGUAAAGAAUCGUGGACAGAACUCACACAACUCUUUACCAUGUUUCAUCUCGGCAUAACAUGGUUGUUUUUUAAAUAGUAGCUUUAGGGUUUUGUAAAUUUAAAAAAAUAUACUUCAUUGAAGCAAAUCUCUGUGGUUACUCAUGCAUGUUGUGAAUUUCACAGCAACCUAUCAACAUUCCACAAGUGAACAAACAUUAUACCUCUUCUGACAGUUUUAUUAAAUAUGGAGAAAUUGCCAAUUUUCAAACACUGCAGUUUUCCAAACUUCUGCCAACCUCUAACUCUGAAUUCAGUGCUGCUUUGGGCCAUAUACAGGACCUAGUUUGGUUUACCAAUGAUGGAAAAGUAUUUUGAUAUCAUUCACUUUUUCAAAAGAUCCAACUUUUCUCUAUGCCUUUGCCAUGUUUUCUUCAGGGUCUCUUUCAAUAGGGGAUGAGUAAUCCAUCUGUAUUACGAUAGUCUUAUUGGGGUAGCCAUCUGCUGAGCAUUGAGAGUCGCAGUGAAUAAUUGCUUUUUUGCCUGCUUGGUGCCCAGUGGUGAAGUCAUUGUCACUUGGCUUUGUAGUACCUGUUUGAUAAUCAUUUUAAAUUGUGGGGCUAGAUGUAUAAAUUCACAUUCCUACCUUUCUUCUGCAUCUCUCAGUAUAUUGCUUUUUGUUUUGUUUGUAUAACAGAAAAAUAUUUAAAACACUGACAAGUAGAAACUCAUGUCUAUAGUCCAUGAGUUAUAUUCUGACUCAGUGGAGUGGUAUUUAUAUAUGUAUAUAUCAUUUUUGGUUUUGCCCCUAUUGUCUUAUAUUAAGAUUAACAAAUUAGUGGCUUUAUUGAUUAAUCGCUCUUGUUGGUGUUUUAAGAAAUGAAAUAACCUUGCCUUUAGAUCAGGUGCCCAUAUUGCCUGUUUUUCUAGUAAUGGGCUUGCUCACUGGACUUGCCAGUCAACAAUAAGCUUAUUAACUGAAAAAUUAUACUGAUGCAGCUUUAAAAGAUAAUUUAUUUGAUGUGUAUGUUUAGAAUGCUGUUUGGUGAGUUGUAGGGGAAUGAGGAGCAGAAGAACUGACACUUCCUGGUGAAUUCUUAAAAAGGCAAGAUACCUAGUGAUGACACUAGUCACAUCAGCCCUGUAUGCAUGAUUCUGAACAUCUGGGUACCUGUUGUUUUAUUGUGCAUAUUUUCCUGUUAAUAUGUUAAGUUUUGUGGAUUCAUUGAAAGUCUACUCGAAAGUAACACUAUCAAUACCACUCAAAUGUAUGUAAAAUAUUGUGCUGUAGAGUAAAAUAAAAUUUUACUUGGAUUUAU